UUAUAUAGAUGAAUCUGAAUGAAUUCUCUCAUCAAUCAGAGCUUCCGGACAAAAUUUCCACUCUUCACUUGCAAACUCAAAUCCUCGCUUGCCGUUAUCGAAAACCCAUCAGUUUUUCUCGUCGAACAUGAACAGAAAUUACAUAAUGUCACUCCUUUCGACCCGUUUCAGUUCUUCAAUGAGCAUAGAAAAUCUUGGCACUGCACCGUCAGAAAUACCAAAGUUAUACAUACCCACUUGCUCAAAUCAGCUGCACUACAUUCUAACAUCUUUGUCGCUAAUUCUUUACUUGAUUGGUACUGUAGAUCUGCUGCCAUGGGUGAUGCACUCAAGCUGUUUGAUACAAUAGCUCAACCGAAUGUUUUUUCUUGGAAUAUCAUUAUUUCAGGUUACAAUCGGAACGCUUUAUUGGAGGAUUCAUGGAAGAUUUUCUGUAGGAUGCAUUCUUUAGGCUUCGAGCCCAAUGAGAUAACCUAUGGGAGUGUUCUUUCAGCUUGUACUGCUUUGCAGGCUCCAAUAUUUGGUAAGCAAGUUUAUUCGGUUGCGAUGAAAAACGGGUUCUUUUCAAAUGGUUAUGUUCGGGCUGGAAUGAUAGACUUGUUAGCCAAAAAUUGCAGCUUUGAGGAUGCCUUGAGGGUGUUUCAUGAUGUUUCAUGUGAGAAUGUGGUCUGUUGGAAUGCUAUUAUCUCUGGAGCUGUUAGAAAUAGAGAGUACUGGGUUGCUUUGGAUCUUUUUGGCCAAAUGUGUUGUGGAUCUUUUAUGCCAAAUAGUUUUACAUUUUCAAGCAUUUUAACUGCUUGUGCUGCACUUGAAGAACUCGCUAUUGGAAAAAAAGUUCAAGGGUGGGUGAUUAAAUGCGGUGUGGAAGAUGUCUUUGUGGGAGCUGCUAUCAUUGACUUGUAUGCCAAGUGUGGAGAUAUGAAAGAAGCUGUUAGGGAGUUCUUGCAGAUGCCAAUCCGCAAUGUAGUUUCUUGGACUACGGUUAUCUCUGGCUUUGUGCAGAAGGACGAUUCUAUUUCUGCCCUCAUGUUCUUUAAAGAUAUGAGAGAAGUGGGGGAGGAAAUAAAUAAUUACACUGUUACCAGUGUACUUACUGCAUGUGCUAAACCAGCCAUGCUUGAUGAAGCAAUCCAAAUCUAUUCCUGGAUAUUAAAAACUGGGUUCUAUUUGGAUGCAGCGGUGGGGGCUGCUUUGAUCAAUAUGUAUUCAAAAAUAGGAGCUCUUGAUCUAUGUGAGCUGGUCUUUAGAGAGGUUGGAAAUGUAAAGAAUCUGGGUGCAUGGUUUGCAUUGAUAUCUGCUUUUGCUCAGAAUCAGAACCCUGGAGGAGCCAUUGAAAUUUUUCUGAGGAUGUUAAAAGAAAGUGUGAGACCAGAUAAGUUUUGUACAUCUAGUCUUUUGAGCAUUAUAGGCUGUUUAAAUUUAGGGAGACAGAUCCACUGCUACACUCUUAAGACUGGGUUAGUCUUUGAUGUUUCUGUUGGUAGUUCGCUUUUCACUAUGUACUCGAAGUGUGGUAGUUUAGAGGAAUCCUAUAAAGUUUUUGAGAAAAUCCUUGACAAAGACAAUGUUUCAUGGGCCUCAAUGAUUGCCGGUUGUACAGAACACGGCUGUGCAGAUCGAGCCAUUCAGUUAUUUAGGGAAAUGCUGUUUGAAGAAAUUAUGCCUGAUCAGAUGACCUUAACUGCAACACUUACUGCAUGUUCUGUUCUUCAUUCUUUACAGAAAGGAAAAGAAAUUCAUGGUUAUGCUCUUCGUUUUGGUAUUGGGAAAGAUAUAGUUGUUGGUGGUGCACUUGUGACUAUGUACUCGAAAUGCGGCAUCCUAGAAUUGGCAAGUAGGGUGUUUGAUAUGCUCCCUCAAAAGGAUCAGAUUGCAUGCUCCUCUUUGGUUUCGGGGUAUGCCCAAAAUGGGUACAUUGAAAAGGCCCUUAUACUGUUCCGUGAUAUGCUGAUGUCUGAUUUGGCCAUUGACUCUUUCACAGUCUCAUCCGUGCUUGGGGCCAUUGCACUUUUGAGUAGAUCAGGCAUUGGGACUCAACUGCAUGCCUGCAUUACAAAGAUGGGUCUGGAAUCAGAUGUUUCUGUUGGAAGUUCACUGGUGACAAUGUACUCAAAAUGUGGAAGCAUAGAAGACUGUCAUAAGGCAUUUUAUCAGAUAGAGAAACCUGAUUUGAUAGGUUGGACAGCUAUGAUUGUCAGCUAUGCUCAACACGGGAAAGGCGCUGAGGCUUUAUGUUUUUAUGAGCUUAUGAGAGAAGAAGGAAUUAAACCAGAUUCGGUGACUUUUGUUGGAGUUUUGUCCGCUUGCAGCCAUAAUGGAUUGGUUGAAGAAGCCUAUAUCCAUCUUAAUUCAAUGGCCAAAGAUUAUGGAAUUGAGCCUGGUUAUCGUCAUUACGCCUGUAUGGUCGAUCUUCUUGGCCGGUCAGGGAGACUUAAAGAGGCUGAAAGUUUCAUCAAUAACAUGCCUAUGAAACCUGAUGCUUUGCUGUGGGGAACCCUGCUGGCUGCUUGCAAAGUACAUGGAGAUAUUGAGCUUGGAAAGCUAGCAGCCAAAAAGGUUAUGGAGUUGGAGCCAUGUGAUUCUGGAGCUUAUGUUUCUUUGUCAAACAUCUGUGCAGAGAUAGGCCAAUGGGAAGAAGUCCUGAAGAUUAGAAGCCAGAUGAAGGGAACUGGGGUGAAGAAGGAACCGGGUUGGAGCUUUGUGUGAAACGCAAUUAUGCCAUGAAUAAAUAAGGAGAGUUGAUAGAUU